AGGGGCGCUGUGGUCGGCGGGCGGCCGCUGACGUUCAGCAAAAGGUGCUGCUCCUCCGGUGCUGUAGGGGCGCUGUGGCCGGCGGGAGGCCGUUGAUGCGCCCUGACGCCUGUGUUGGCGGCGGCGGCGGCGGCGGCGGGCGAUGAGGCGGAGUCGGGGUCCGCAGUGAGAGUCUGAUCCGGCGCCGGGUUCCCGGCUCCCGCUCAUCUCUCCGGUUGAAACAUGACGGGAAGCCAAUUUAACAUCAGACGCUGGACCAGCAAACAUGUAGCCAAGUGGCUAAAGGAGGAAGGCUUCAGUGAAUAUGUUGAUCUUCUAUGUAAUAAGCACAGACUGGAUGGUGUCGCCUUGCUAACUUUGACUGAAUAUGAUUUACGCUGCCCACCUUUAGAACUGAAAGUGUUGGGCGAUAUUAAAAGGUUAAUGGUAUCUAUUCGGAAACUACAAAAACAGCACAAAGAUGUCUUGGCAGAGAUGGGCUAUGCAAGUGAUGAAUGCUUUCCUGGUACUGUUGCAUGUGCCACUAAUUGUGCACAAAGCAAGGACUGCCAGUGUAACGGUGUGGAACAUCUUGGGGACAGUGGUUCUGGUGGAGACUUGAGUACUGAACAAUAUCAGAAUGGUAAAUACUACAAACAUCAAACACGGCGACUCGACCCAGAGUUCUGGAAGACUAUUUUGAGUUCUAUUUAUGUAUUCAUAGUCUUUGGGUUUACAUCGAUUGUCAUGGUAAUAGUUCAUGAACGUGUCCCUGACAUGCAAACUUAUCCACCCCUACCAGACAUAUUCUUGGAUAGUGUCCCAAGGAUACCAUGGGCAUUUGCAAUGGCUGAGGUCUGUGGUGUUGUUCUGUGCACUAUCUGGCUGUUGCUGCUGCUACUUCAUAAGCACAGGUCUAUCCUCCUCCGUCGCAUGUGUAGCCUGAUGGGAACAGUGUUCCUAUUACGCUGUGUUACUAUGUUUGUCACCUCACUCUCUGUGCCUGGCCAUCACCUACAAUGUUCUGGAAAAUUAUAUGGAGACAUGUGGGCCAAGUUUCAAAGGGCACUGGCAAUUUGGAGUGGUUUUGGAAUGACACUAACAGGCGUGCACACUUGUGGAGACUACAUGUUCAGCGGCCACACUGUUGUCCUUACCAUGCUUAACUUCUUUGUCACGGAAUAUACACCAAGAAGCUGGAACUUCUUGCACACCCUGUCUUGGGUAAUGAACCUGUUUGGAAUCUUCUUCAUCCUUGCUGCGCACGAACAUUACUCAAUUGAUGUCUUCAUUGCGUUUUAUAUCACCACAAGACUUUUUUUGUAUUACCACACACUAGCCAACACUCGAGCAUAUCAACACAGUCGAAGGGCAAGGAUUUGGUUUCCAAUGUUUUCAUUCUUUGAAUGCAAUGUCAAUGGCCCUGUACCAAAUGAAUAUAGUUGGCCACUUUCUCGACCAAGAUUAUUGAAAAGAUUAAUUGGAUAAGUGGUAAUCCACCUCAGCCAGUUACUUAGUUGGAUAAACCAAAAAUUAAGAAAUAACUGGUUUUGUACAAAAGAUUCAGAUAAUCAGUACAAGCCAGAUACAAAUGUGAAGGAGGACGAGGCUUAGAUAUAGUUGGCGGUUUGUUUGGCUCAUGGUAAGUCCACCAAAUUGAAAUUUUGCUUUUCUUUUACCCCAAAUAUGUCAACUCCGUUAAUUGGGAAUCUUUACUCCUGUUGGUGGGCUUAUGUGGUUUGUUUUGAACAGAGGAGCAGCCACCCAAUAAUGUAAGCUCUCCUGAUGGGCAUCAGGCAACCAGUUUUGCUGGUAAUGUAAAAGCAGCAAGCCCACAAGAACUGAUGCUGCUAAAUUUAAAAUAAGCUUUUCUACCCUGAAGAAAGUGUAUUAAAAUGAAGCCAGUGACUACUUGUCUUGUGCAAAGAUUGGCAUUCGAAUUCUUUAGCAGAAGUUUUCUGAUGGACUUUUCUUUAUUGAGGAUGUUUGUUCAAAGAUUCCCUUUGGCAGUGUUUCUCAUUGGGUUUUAUUUCAGGGAAAUCAAAGUUUGCACUUGUUUGAGGAAACACUGUAAAGAAUUGUGGGAAACCUGUAAGAACAUUUUAACAAGCGUCCUCAUUCUACUAUUUGACCGUGAAUUGCACGAAAUAUGUUCCUAAAGCAAUAAAAAAAAAGUUUUGUCCAAUACUGGUUCCUUCAGGGGUGUAACUGAAUGUGAUAGUCUUCAUCUUUACUUGGAGCUGCUCAUUUGUUACCUACAGCUUCAGCCCUUUGUAGACUUUGAAAUUUACAGGCAGUAUUAAUAAUCUCUCAGAAAUCUGACAUGCACUCAGAAAAAACACUCAAGAACUACUUGUAAUGUUUACGAUGUUGUGUAGUUUAUUAGAAUACACUAUUUACAAUUUAAAAUGUUUGACUUAUCUAAACCAUAAUUAGGCAUUAUUUAUAAAAUAAUUCAGUAGUUCUAAUCAACUUUGAUGUUAUUGGAUAGUUUACACAAUCCACUUCUAGAGAGUAGAAUCCUUUCUCUAACAUAGGGGAAGUUGUGAUAGUACUUAACCUCUAGUAACUUGUCAAAAGUACUACUUUCAUGUUGACUUGCAGACUAGGGAGUAUUUUGCUUGUGAACUAGUAUGCAGUUGUAAGACACCAGGCAUAUAUUACAGAUCCAAAAAUUAAAAAUGAAUGUUUUUUUUAAACAGUUGUAAGAAACUGACAAACCAGGUAACAUUUUUCUUCAGUGAGUCAUUAUCAUAAUUUACAGGUUAAUUUGAUUAGAUGAUAACAUUAGCACACAGCAUGAAAGGUAGACCCUCAUGUCUAUUUUGCCAUUCAGUAAGAUUGAGGCUGAUCAUCACCACUUUCCUACACUAUCCUGAUAUCCCUUGAUUCCCUUAGUAUCCAAGAAUCUACCAAUCUCUGUCUUGAAUAUACUCAGUGACUUCCAUAACCUUCUUGGCUGGAGAAUUCUAAAGAUUCACAACCCACUGGGUGGGAAAAAAACUCUUCUUAGUCCCUAAUGGCUGACCCCUUAUUUUGAGAUGGCGAUCCUGGGUCCUGGAAACCUAAGCCAGGGGAGACAUCAUUCCAGUAUCUACCAUGUCAAAUGCCAUCAGAAUUAUGUAUGUUUCAUUGAGAUCACCUCUUAUUCUGAACUCUAGAGGAUACCAGCCCAGUCUGUUUAAUGUCUGCUCUAGGACAAUCCCCUCCAAUGUCUAGAGUCAAUCGGACAAAGCUCCAUUGCACUCCCUCUGUCACAUGUACAUCCUUGGCUAGGGGGACAAGACGUGGACGUGGUAUUCCAGGUGCCGUCUUGCCAUAGCCCUACGUGAUUGCAUUAAGAUGUCUUUACUCUUGUACAGCAAUAAAGAUAACAUGCUGUUUGCCUUCCUACCUCAUUACUUACUCUAUCUGCAUGUUGACUUUCACUGAUUUGUGUACGAGGACACCCAGGACCCCUUGAGCACCAACACCUUUCAGUCUCUCACUAUUUAAAAAUACUCUUUCAAUUUUUUUUCCUGAUCAAAGUGGAUGACCUCACCUAUUUCUAAAGUAUAUUCUGCCAUGUUCUUGCCCAUUCACUUAACCAAUCUUAUUCCCCGAAGCCUCGCUGCAUCCUCAUGAUCCACAUUGCCACCACACUGUUUCAUCAGCAGAAGAGGACAUUCCAUGAAAGCAGACACAAAAUAUUUGUUUAAUUUCUCUGCCAUCUUCUUAUUCCCAAUAUGAUUUAUCCUGUCACAUUUUGAGAGGGGCCCAUAUUAAUUUUUGCUCUUUUUUUUACAUACCUAUAGAAACGUUUACAGGCAGAUUUAUGUUUUUAAAUAAAUUUACUAUUUCCAUAGCUUUAAAAAAAGAGAAAUUUAAGGAUUGAUAUGUUUCUCAGUUUUUUUAUGACAAUUUUGGAAGCAUCUGUGUGCACGUUGAUAACCAUAGCUGUAUUUUAGAAUCAGACUUGUUAUAGCAUGAAAGGAGGCCAACUGACCCAUCAAGUCCAUUCUAGCUCUUUGCAAACACAGGGAGACACAAGGGACUGCAGAUAUUUUGCUAAAACAAUCCAGCUUGUUUCCCCUCCUUGUUCUCUCCUCCCACCCCUGUCAAUUCCUUUCUUUCAGAUGAUUACCCAGCUCCUUUUGAACACUAUCAUUGAAUCUGCAUCCAUUGGCAGUGCAUACCAAACCCCAACCACUUACGUAAAAACAAUCCUUGUGUCAUUCAGCUCUUUUGCCAAUCACCGCUCUUUUGCCAAUCACCACUGUUUGUGCCAGAGUUCUUGAUCAGUCUGCCAGUAAAACCAUUUCUAUCUGUCCUAUGUGAUUUAAGAUGACACCGACAGAUCGAAUCACAGGUACUUCUGUUCCUCGAAGAACAGCCCCAGCUUCUGCAGCAAAAACCAAAAACAAACUGCUUGAGGAACUCAGUGGGUCAAGCAGCAUCUGUCAUGACCCUACAGAUUUGUUUGCUCCAGAUUUCAGCAUCUGCAGUAUCUUGUGUCUCCAGUCUCUGCACAUAACCAACGUUGCUUGUCCUUGUAGUCAUUUUGGUAAAUCUCUUGUUGAGGCUGAACCUGUGUUAUAUAAAGUUCAUUAUGAUUUCCUUGUUUGGAUAUGCCGUACCUUCGUCAUAAAGCCCAGGGUCCUGUAUGACUUUUGCACCACUUUCUUAACCUACCCCUUUUAACAAGUUGUGCACAUGUACCCCAGAUGUUUCUGUCCUUGUAUCCAUUUAGAAUCGUGCCCUCAUUUGUGUUCACUCUUAUUUAUCCUACCGAAAUAUAAUGCUUGACACUUCUCAGCAUCACAUUUCAUCUGAUAUGUUUACUCCCUUUCCACCAUCUUUCUAUAUCCCCUUGCGGUCUUGUACCAUCCUUGUCGGGGUUCACUAUGGUAUUCGCUACUGUAUUAUUAGAAAAGAGGUGAUGUCAAUACAACAAAUGACCAGUGGUCUCUUUUCAUUGCUAGAUCUGUUCAUCAGCACAUUGCUCCCACCUAGAUCAAAACUGAAGCGUCACAAUUUGAAUUUCUGCUUCAUGUCUUGAUGCAGUAAGUAAUGCCUGGUUGCCAGAAAUGUAUGGAACACUUAAUGUGUUGCAAUUACAAAGCUGAUCCGUAAUCGCCUAGAACUGGAACUCUUGCCUGGCCUUGUUCAAAAAAUGGUUGCAGAUAAAUAACCAGGUAUCACGGCAUUACAGCACAUUUGAAUUUGUUUUUUUACCAAAUGCACAGCUCAGUUACUUAGGUAAUAAAUUGAAGAGGAAAGAGUGGAUGAUCAUAGAAGCCUUUUAUAGGUAGAGAAGCCAUCUGUGGGAUUCAUGCGUACGGAUGAACACUGUCUGGGUCGUACACGUUUACAUUCCCACUUCUGUCGAUUAGCAUCUUUCUAAUGACCCAGAGUUCAGAUUCUGUACAGCCUGAAUUUUCAUCCCCUGAAUGGUGUGCAUUACCAGAUCUUCAGAGGAGAGUGCCUGCUUAUAGAAUUUUAGCUAUAGAAGGAUGAAGUGACAGUUGCCAAUGAGAGAGUAUUUUGCAUGCACUGAGAAACUUAACUACUUAAAAUUUCUUCAUAGUUACAUUUUUAGGUAAAUUCAUAAUAACUGGUUGUGCUAUCAUGUGGCUGUCCUACAGAAGGUUAUUUGUAUUCAUAAGUAUUGCUAAAUAUUUUUGAUAUUGAGGUGUUAUUCUCCUGAUCUUCCUGUGUCAAUUCCCCCAGAUUCCUGUUUUAAUUCAUAAAUAGAGCUCUGUGCAGCAUCACAAGGGUUUAAACCUUUUCUGUCCAUUUGUUGGGAACGUUAUUCUUCCUUCGCCUUGCUUUGAGCAACAUUCCAUGGUUAACAGCAGCUUAGGUUCUGAUUGAACACUCCAUAUGAGGUUUCACACUGUUUAUCAGCACUAAUUUUCCCUUUGUAGACUCUGUGUGACUGCACUCUUGCCUUGUUCUGCCAGUAGGUUGCUCUACCUGAUUCAUUGCUAGAUUCAAAGGUUGGUUUUAUUGUUAUCUCCUUGCAGCUUUGUGAAAGGGCAGUGAAUUAUGUCAGGUUGUGAACAAACUAAAGCAACAGGUCCCAAGUUACAGAAUGCAGGAAUGAAAUUCUGCUUAUUAAAGGUACUCACUGUCACUGCAUUGUAAAUGUUUAAUGGGUGAAACUUAACUCUUUAAAAUCCUUUCAUUCUAUAAAUAUUAAAAACUUACACUUGGCUGAAAAUUUGCUACUGGAAUUGCGCUAAGUUUGAUCUGAAACGUUGUCCACUUGCCAAUAAUUCUGCAAGUUUGCAAAGUGAGAUGUAAGUAAUUCCAUCCUGUUUUCCUGCUUUAGAAUGAAUGGUUGGCAAGGGGUUUUGUUGUGUGGAGCUCGUUCUUCCUCAUGCCCAUCCCCAUGAGUCUCUCAUUAAACUGGGGAUAUUGUGAAUGUUCAGUGUCCCCUACUUAAUGUCACUAGAGCCAAACUUUGACCCACAGAACAGAUUUUUACCCAAGAUAUCCACUUCCUUCAGCUGUUUGGCUGCAGAAAGUCGCUAAGUGAGGGGUAGUGGUAUAAUCUAACACAUCACCUGUUAAUGAGCAUUCUGUGACUAUUUGGUUCUUGUUGCUGAAGGACCUCGCACAACUGGAAGCUUCUAAUGAUCUCUGAGAUGUAUUUGCUGAUGAUAGGUUUGUGGGGACCCUGAUACUCCUGCAGCGCUGUAGCAUGCAUCUUUUUUUGUUCCUCCUCACUGGCAUCGGUCAUUGCACACAUUAAUCUGAUAAACCCCCAUCCCCAAGGCUUUCACAAAGGUCUUCAGUUGGGGGCAGUUCUGGAUGAUUCUGCUAAUGAGAAUUGUUUGGGAGGGGGUGGAAAUUGAACCUAUGGCAGUUUCCAAAGACAGGUCUACCUGAUCGAAGAGCUUUCCUUGGGGAGCAUAAUAAGAAUCACUUCAGUUAAAAAUGGUCAGAUUAAACUGUUUCUUUGUGAUGCACAAUGUAUGAUGAAACAAAUUUAUUCUGUCUGCCAACUGACACCAGUGUGAUCCUUAAUUAUUGAUACCUUGAUUUCAAAUGUACAAGUUAUUCUAGUCCUGCUAUGUAAAGUUGGGUAAGAAAACUGCCAAUUUAUGAGGUAAAAUGUUAGUGACUUCCGAAUUCAAAUGGGCGAGCUCGGAAAUUAUAUUCCUGAUUUUACAAUGAUCUAAAGUUGAGCUCCAAACGUUGAGUGACUGCAAGUGCUUUAUAUUCCUUGGGUCUGUCCUCCUGUGCCACUCACUCCCUAGCCUGAAUGGACAUCUUCCUGCAAUGACCUCUUAUAUUCCCUGCUUGAAAAAGAACUCCUUUAAUUGAAUCCUGGUCAAGGUGAAAUUAGCAAAGAGAGAAACCAAAGAAAAUGAGCCAGUUAAGGACUGUAAUAACCAUUUAUACUGUGUAAACCUUGUGGGCAGCUCACUGUUGUCUUCUUGAAGCCAUUUAGAGGUGCUGACCCUGCCAGUGUGCCCAUGUCCCAAGGACGAGCAGAUGUUACUUGUGCCAUCCGAGUGAACUUCUGGCCUUACACUACAAGAAUAUGAUUCAAUGAGGUGAAAUAGCCUAAUGUUGAAUAAGAUUACAGGCUUAAAGAAAACAUUCAAUAUCAAAAAAUCAAAUUUAGUUCAGACUGGAUGUGUGCACAUGUGUGUGUGAGAGACUGUACAAUUCAUGUGUUUGAGGUAAACCAAUAAAAUUAGAUAGCUUCUGAACUUUUUUCUUACAAUCACCCAAUUAAUUACCUUUUUAUAAAUUAUAUAGAUAUACAAAAAACCCCAUUAUAAAAAAAAACUCUUAAUGGACUGUUUACUUUAAGGUUUUAAGUACUAUUCAGUAUUACUGGUAUUUAAUAAGGUCAAAUCAGAGGUAUUUAAUGUUUACAUUUGUAUUUUGUUCAACUAAAAGUAAUAAAGGAGACGGUAAAAUGGCAGCGUUUUGCAGCGUUCUGUGCAUCAGCUCUGUGUGAUUCCAUCUUUAUAAUGAUGCCGUUUGUUGGCUUUUGCUGACGUCUAGUAACAAUUCCAGAAUGUUUUUGUGUAGAAUUUCUGAAUAAAUUUGUUCCAUACU